AGCUCUGCCUGGCGGUAGGUCAGCUCUUAGCUAAACUCUCCUCAGCACAGAUGUGUCACUCUCGAAGCUCGCUCCCCACCACGACCGGCCUGAGGGCCCCGUCGUCCCCCGCCCCCUCCACCGGCCCGGAACUCCGGCGGGGCUCCGGCCCUGAGAUCUUCACCUUCGAUCCUCUCCCAGAGAGGACGGUAGCCUCGGCCACACGCCUUGGCGCCUCUCGCGGGCACCGUAAGCGCAGCCGCAGGGUCCUUUAUCCUCGAGUGGUCCGGCGUCAAUUGCCAGCCGAGGAACCUAACCUUGCCAAAAGGUUCCUCUUUAUUCUUCUCGCCAUCAUCUUCUGCCAGAUCCUAAUGGCUGAAGAGGGUGUGUCGGCACCCCUGACGCAGGAGGACGUCCCCAGCUCCGCGUCCCCUGUGCCCAUCCCGGCUCCCCCAGUCCUCGAGCACCUGAAUCUAACUUCGGACCCCUCGGACUACUAUCUGGACGUAAGCACCUUUCUCCAGCAACACCCAGCUGCCUUCUAACAAAAGAACCUGAAAAACCCAAGAAACACCAGGCGUAUCUGGUGCCCGAGAGUGUAUCCCAAACUGGGACUUUCAAGACAACUAGAACUCAGAACACUACAGCCAAGACCAGGCCGACCGGUGCUUGGGGCGAGACCGAGACAGACAGGUCCAGGCUAAGCCCAGAGGGGAAGGAGAGCGGCGUUAAUUUAUUUGUCACUACGCCUAAUUAAUAUUUAUAUGUAUUUAUGUAUGUCCUCCUAGGUGAUGGAGGGGUAUAUGUAAUAUUUAUUUUAACUUAUGCAAGGGUGCAAGAUAUGCUUCCCCUGCUGUAAAUGCAGAUCUUUUGGUAUUUAUUGAGCCUUGUGAGAUUGGUGGAGGGAGGGCUCCUAGAACUGAGGCAGAGUGGGAAAAGGUAGUGGAAGGGACUGGUGGGAUGGCGCCCGAACUGGGAAUCGGGCAUGGUGGUGGGUCGUAGGUUUAGAGGGUGAUACUCCGUUCUCCAGCACCUCAACUCUACCGGUCUAUUGUCUGAGAUUUAGGCAGACCGUUGGGAAUAAAGUCCAUGGCCUUCAAUCUUGAAGUUUCCCCUUAGGGACAGCGGGGUUGGACGUCUAUGGGCUGUCAGGAGGCGGCAGCCGGAGGUCGCCCAGUAUGUUCUGUGAACAAAAUAAACUUGAUUUACUGAAAGCA